CAAAACAGGCGAAACGAGACAAUGAGUUCGUCUCUCCUCGCAAUGGGAUUUCAACAUUAAAUGACAAAGUCAUUUCAUCGCAUCAUUUUCGCCGCGUUUGUCUCAGAAAUUGCACGGAUUAUCGGUGAAGAUCAUGAUUUUUGUACAAUGGAAUGGUAUUUCAGAUUUGUAAGUAGAGGAUAAAACCGAUGCUCAGUAUGUCGACUGACACAGAACCUGAUGUUAAGGAAAAAUUGGAGAACGAUUCGGAGCACAAGAUGGCGUCCGUGCGAGACGAUUUGGAUAUCAAUCCAAUGAUGGAUAAUCCAGUGUUUUCGACGGGUAGUUCUGUUAAUCUGUUCUGCCCUUUGUGUCAUGAAAUGUUCGUGAACCCUCGAUUGUUGCCAUGUCUGCACACGUUUUGUAAAAGAUGUCUGGAGAACCUUGUGGUCCCGAGGUCAAGUUCUCUCAGCUGCCCGGCCUGUCGAACAGAUGUCCCUCUCACGGAGCGUGGUGUCGGCGCUUUCCCGCCAAAUUUCGUGGUAACCACCAUGAUGGAUGUGGCGGCAGUGCGCGCCCACGACAAGAACCCAAUCAUGUGCAGCAGCUGCGAAGACAAACUUCCUGCGGCUGCGCGGUGCAUCGAAUGCAUGGACUUUCUCUGCCAUGACUGUAGAAAUGCUCACAUGAGACUGAGGCUAACCAAGACUCACAGGGUUGUGUCUUUAGACGAACUGAAAUCCAGUCCACAUCCCGAAGAUUUACUUCAUCGUCCAAUUUUCUGCAUGGAACAUGCCCACGAGAAGCUAAGGUACUACUGCGAGAGCUGCGAACAAGCUAUCUGUCGUGAGUGCACCAUGACUUCUCACUCGACUGAGCGUCACAAAUACACCCAGUUGACUGACACCAUUGACAAGCAGACUCAAAACAUCUCUCAAUUGGUAGAAAAACUCAAAAGGAAGGUCCCAAUUGUCACGCAAUCUACUAAAGACGUAGAGGAAGUCACAUGCCGGCUCGAGGCCAGGGCGGAAGUGGCGAAGUCUGAAAUUCAGAAAUGCUUUCCUCGAAUUUUAAAAGCGUUACAAGAUCGCGAAAAAGGAAUGAUGGCUGAAGUAGAGACAAUGGUACAAAGAAAAUCAAAAGUCCUAGGAAUACAACAAGAAAGAUUGGAAAAUGAAUUAAAACGUCUUACGACGACCUGCAACUUUACUGAGGAAGUCUUGAGGCAUGGAAACUCUGUGGAAAUCCUUGUCAUAAAGAAACAGCUUUGUGACAGAUUAAAUGACCUCAUCUCCACUAAGUUUCAAGGAGAGCCCGAAGAAAAUGACGUCAUCUACUUUGUAGCCAAUCAAGAUGAAGUCCUGAAGGCUCUCGAGAACCUUGGGCAGAUUAAAACGAGUAAUGCCUUCCCCACUAAUUGUACAGUAGCUGACGACAUGAAGAAUGCAACAAAGGGAAGGAAAUCCAAAUUUACAGUUCUUACGCGUGAUCACAGUGGGGCCCAGUGCACUGGCGGCGGUGAGGAUGUAAUGGUUGAUGUGUACACGUCAGAUGGAAGAACUGUGCCUGCCGAAGUAAGACCGCUUGGCUCCUCCCCGGGCUCUUCACAUGCGCUCUCUCGCUACAACUCACAAAAUGUUGAGGACCACAGAAAUGGUUCUUACGGAGUCAGUUACAGCCCCUUUAAUGUUGGAAUGCACAAGGUGUCUGUGACUGUCCGAGACAAGCACAUCCAAGGUAGUCCUUUUAAAGUCAAUGUUGUCAAUACUGGAGAAUCCUACCUCAAGUUUGGCAAAAAGGGAACGGAAAUUGGAGAAUUUAACGGAAUAUUUGGCGUUGCUGUGGACGAUGAAGGGCACAUCAUUAUCACAGAUUGUCACAACCACAGAGUACAAGUUUUCAAUCAAAAUGGCGGAUUCAUGUUCCAGUUUGGUCGCAAAGGAGAGGGCAGCGGACAGUUCCAAUGCCCCACCGGGGUAGGGGUGGAUCCUGACGGGAGAAUUGUCGUCUGCGAAAGACUGGGCAGCAGAAUACAGAUAUUUGAUCGAGAUGGAAUGUUCCUUCACAAAUUCUCCGUUCCAGACCUAAAGGCCUCCACAUUAGCAGUAGAUGCUAACAGAAGAAUUAUUGUUGCUGACUCAGCAAAUCGUUGUAUUCAUGUCAUUUCACUGGAUACAGGUCAGUCUUUCAAGUUUGGUUCUUUUGGAGACGGCAAUGGCGAGCUGAAUUACCCAUGCUACGUUGCGGUGAAUUCUCAAGGACACAUCAUUGUGUCGGACAUGCACAGUCACCGUAUUCAGGUAUUUGAUCCACGUGGUCGAUUCAUGUUCAAUUUCGGCCGUAAGGGGAGUCAGGACGGGGAGUUAAUGCGCCCCACUGGCGUAGCCGUGGGUCAUGACGGAAACAUUAUUGUCGCCGACCGAGAUAAUCAUCGGAUUCAAGUAUUUUCCAGCGAGGGACGUUUUGUCACGAAAUUUGGUACUAAGGGUGAUGGUGACGGUCAACUGAAUGACCCACAUGGCCUCGCUUUGACGCCAGAGGGGAACAUAAUUGUUGCAGACUUUCGAAAUAAUCGUGUUCAACUUUUUGGGCAGCCGGCAUGAAAUCAGUUUUAAAAACGUUUUCUUAGUGAAAUUGUGCAAGAAUUCGUUCGGGACAGAAGUUUCAACACACUGGAGAGAGAAUGGGCACUGGCAAGAGAAUAUUCUCUUGGCACUGGAAGAUGGCGAAGACGGCAUCAUAUUUCCAUAUUUGGAGUGCGUGUUUUAAUUGGAUCGCCUCUGGCACCGCACUUGGUGGAAUGUGAACAUGUGAUCAGAAUUUCUCAUCGUUUCAUUCCUUCAAAGAGUAGAUGUUAAUUUAAGUCAACAUAUCAGUAAUUUAAACUAUGAAAUAGUUUCAAAGAUUUUUUUGGAAGAAGUGCAACACAUUAAUGCUUAAUUUCCCCCUUGCUGAACAUAUCCUGUUAUAUCUAAUUAAAAUUUUAGGCUUAUAGAUAUAAGCUAAGAGGCAAAAAGCCUUUACUUAAUCUAUUUUCAAUUUCUUUGAAGCGAACAGAUUAUCACAAAGUUCGCUCCAGUCUUUUUUCAGUCUCUUCUGAAACGCGCAGGAGACGCAAGGGGGGGGGAAUUUCACACUCCCCCAGAGAAGGGAACUUGAAAAAUAGAAAAAACUUCCAACUCCUGCUAAAUAAGACAAAAAACUUAGCAUCAAACCGUACUUGAGUAACCACACAUUUGACAUUUUCAAAACGCGUCACAUCGGUAGUAUUGAAAAGAGGGAUUUUGUGCAGAAAGGUUCCACCAACCAUUCCCCUCGGGUCCAUUAACUCUCUGUGCCAUAAUGCGACUGAAGUACGUUUGUUCUAUAUUAGUGGUUUACCUCUAUCUCAAGUUUCAAAACCAAUUUUUUUCUUAUUUCAG